ACCAUGGACGACCUCAAAACCAUGGACCUCAGGACCACACACGCCAAGGAUCUGGACAAGUUCAUUAAGAAAUACCUCGAGCCCGACGCAACUUUUCUCGAUCAGGUGAAAAGAGCCGUCCACAUCAUCAGCAGCUUCCUGAAGGAGCGCUGCUUCCAGGGCUCCAGGGAGCCCGUGCGGGUGUCCAAGGUUGUGAAGGGCGGCUCCUUGGGCAAAGGCACGUCCCUGCGAGGCCGCUCGGACGCCGACCUCGUCGUGUUCCUCAACAACCUCCGGAGUUUUCAGGACCAGUAUGACCGCCGCGCAGAGUUCAUCAGCGAGAUCUGGGAGCAGCUGAAAGCCUGUCAGAAGGAGUGCCGCUUUGAAGUGACCAUUUGCAUGUACGACACAUACAGCAAUCCCCGCUCACUCAACUUCAAGCUGAGGUCCCAGGAGAUCCAGCAAGAGGAGUCGGUGGAGUUUGACAUCCUCCCCGCCUACGACGUCCUGGGCCAGUGGACCAAAGAGCAAAGACCCGACCCCCAAAUCUACGUCAGGCUUAUCAAAGAGUGCCAAAAACCGGGGAAAGAAAGCGAGUUCUCCCCCUGCUUCACGGAGCUGCAGAAAGCCUUCCUGAAGGAGCGCCCCACCAAGCUGAAGAGCCUGAUCCGCCUGGUGAAGUACUGGUUCCAAACGUGUUGCUCGGAUUUGGAGACAUGGACACCUCUGCCACAGCAGUACGCGCUGGAGCUCCUGACGGUUUACGCGUGGGAACAAGGAUGCGGGGCCCUGUGUUUUGACAUGGCCCAGGGCUUUCGGACCGUCCUAACACUGAUCCCGAAGUACGAGCAGUUCUGCAUCUUCUGGAAGAAGUAUUACGACUUUGCAGACCCGGUUAUCAGAGACUACCUGAAGGGCCAGCUCAGCAAGCCCAGGCCCAUCAUCCUGGACCCGGCUGACCCCACGUGCAACGUGGCAGGUGGAAGCGCCUCCCGAGACUGCUGGAAAAACCUAGCACAGGCGGCUGAGACCUGGCUGAGUUACCCAUGCUUUAGGAACUCGGACGGUUCCCUAGUGUGCCCCUGGGAGGUGCCGCCUGCAUUAGAGGUCAAGAUUCCCCCAGCGGAGGAGGGCUGGUCCUGCUGCCUCCUCUGAAGGCCAGUGCUCUUGCCGAUGGGAGUCCAGGAGCCAGCCCCUCGCUCCGGAAAGAUGGUGCUCCUUACUCUGGAAGAUGUCAUCCCCUCACUUCUGGAAAGAUGGCAUCUGUCCUGCGGCCCCCCGCCCCAGCCUGGGCUCUGAGAGGCCACACGGAGAUUCUGGCAAAGGGAUGGGCCUUGACUUGCCUUGUGCCUGGCAGGAAGGGCACGAGCCAAGUGACUCCAACGACAAUAAAAAUAAAGCGGCCAGCCCUU